AUUCGAGUUUUGGCACAUCCCGGGAGAACUGCCUCUGCCUGAGAGAACAAAGAACCCUUCCCCAGGGAGGGGGUGACGUCCCAGGAGUGCUCCUGACCCCUGCAAGGAUCACCCUCUGCUUCCAGGAACUGGUCACCCCACUGCUCAUAGAUAUGGAAGAGUCACUACCGCCCUCUCACACACCGUUAUCUGCAUCCUCCAACUCUCUGCCACCUGAUUCCAGCUGGAUCAUUCUAGAUGAGGCAGAGUUCGUAAGAAAUGAGAAUGACUGGUCAGGUGGGAAGCUGCUAGAAGUGGUCCCUAAGGCCAGAGAAGCUCUGAGGACAGUGUCCUGCACACCUGUGAACAUCGCAGUGAUGGGGGACGCUGGCAAUGGCAUGUCCUCCUUCAUCAACGCACUGCGGGGCAUCGGGCACGAGGAGGAGGCCGCGGCUCCCAUUGGGGUGGUGAGAACCACCCUCACUCGUGCCUCCUACUCAUCCUCCCAUUUUCCAAAUGUGCUGCUGUGGGACCUGCCUGGCAUAGGGUCUACCACCCAAAGCCUGGAGAACUAUCUGCGGGAAAUGCAGUUAAAUCAAUAUGACCUCUUCAUCAUCAUCGCAUCUGAACAGUUCAGCAUGAAUCACGUGUGGCUUGCUAAGACUAUCGAGGGCAUGGGAAAGAAGUUCUAUAUUGUCUGGACCAAGCUGGACAGGGAUCUCAGCACGCGUACUCUCUAUCAGGAAGACCUCCAGCAGAAUAUCCGAGGAACUAUCCUGAAAAAUCUCCAGGAGGAACAGGUGUGUGUACCUCUGAUAUUCCUGGUUUCCAACCUUGACCCUUCACUGCAUGACUUCCCAAAGCUUAGGGACACAUUGCAAAAGGAUGUCACCAAACUCAGGUGCCACGGUCCCCUGCAGAAACUGUUCCAAACCUAUGAGAAGUCCAUUAAUCACAAAGUGACUUCCCUGCAGGAGAAAAUAGACACACAGUCUUUCCAGGAUGUCCUUGGCAUCAGGAAUGCUGAUGAUUUGGAGGAGUGUCAGAAAGCCUACCAUCGGCACUUUGGUGUUGAUGAUGAAUCUCUCCAGCGGGUGGCACAGAUUACGGGGACAGACUUUCCACACUACAAGGACCUCAUGAAGUCCCAGGAUCUGCAGGCUGUCAACCAAGGGAGUUGGAAUCUUCCUUUCAUGAAUUGUACAGUCGUUCAAGCAUUCCCCAACCUUCUUAGCUACAUCCCCUUCCUUGGUAAUUAUUUCAUCCAUUACCUCAGAGGGAUGAAACAGAAAUAUUUCCUUUCAGUAGUUGCUGAGGACACAAAGACCAUCUUGAGUGAAGUCUUGAAAUUCAUCCCACAUGAAAGCCAACUUGGGAGUAUUCCGAAAGGCCCAUUCUCCAGUGGAAGACAGGACACUUGAGUAUUCUCUUCUCAGUAAGGCACAUUUUUCUCCAUUUGAAAUGAGAGAUAGUUAACACUUUCUGCUUAUUUCUAAAGCUUACAGAUUCCUUGAAAGGAAUUAUGAAAAUUGCUAAUCCAUGUAGCACCAGUAACAUGUACAAACAUUUGUUGAAAUCAUUAAAUAUGUUUAUUUGGGUCAUAAUAUAUAAAUUUUCUUUCAGUUACAAAAUAUCAUGUGUGUCAUAAUCAUUCUCUGUUUUUUAGGUAAUGCAUUAAAGAUAACAUCAUUUCUUCUCAGUAAGACUUUUCAUUCACUCUUUCCUUUACCUUUUCUCCUUGCUUUCCCUGGACAAAUGAAUGUUCUCUGACACCAUAGACAUUGGUGUCUUUGAGCAAUGGCUGGUGCCUCUACAAUGUCUGUGAUCCAAGUCCAGAUUUAGGGGGAGAAUAAUAAGAUCCUCACCUGGGUUUGGGAAUUUAGAGGCAUGCCAUAAAAUGAAAAUAAAGUGCAGAAUAAUAAGCCAGAAUGUCUGGGAUAUCCCAUUUUCCAAGUCUCUUGAAUGUCUUGGGAUGUCAGACCAACUGUCCAUAUGCUUCCCGGGGGAGUGUAGAAGUAGCUGAGGUAGGGGCUUCAGUUCUGGGGCAACUAAUGAAGGGCUGUAAACUAUAUGGCCUGUGCCUGAAAAUCUGACACAACAAUGCACAUCCCAGCAGAUCCAGGCGUGGAUGGAAAACCGCACCUGUGGAUCACACAUGCCAACAUCAUGGCACUGCACAGUCUCUCAACUUAGGUGCAAAUCAGGACAGGGAAACAGGAAACCCUGAGUGUGCUGAGAUUGCCUAGAAUUCCCUGAUGGGAUAUGGAUUCAAUACAGCAAUUAAAUUCCAUAAUAAGAAGCAAACAGCCCUACCUGCUCCUCACACACCUGAAAGGUAGGCUUAGAUUUGUAACCUGUUUUAUUCAUGUCUGCCUCUUUAGCACCUACCGGCAUGUACAAAACCACUCUGCAUAUGUUUCUUGACCUGCCCACCCCACAUCCUACCAAAGGACACCUCUGCCCUGAAACCAAUUGUGGGGAAGGAAAAGAGGAAAACUUCCUAUAGGCAUCCUCUAGAGUGGAAGUGGGAAUGGAGUUGUGAAAGAGGCAACGAAAACUGCAUACCAGGUGUCCAGGGAUGUAUAGGACAAGAGGCAGACAGACUUUUGAGGUUGUGUGGGAGGCACUAUGUGACCCAUAUAUGAUAUUUCAUGGGGAAAAAAUGUUUAAAGAUAGACAGGGUUUGGCAACCCAUGGCCUGAGCAAAACAGGCCUGCAGAUCUUUGGUGCACAGCUGUCUGCAUAACCUAGGCAGCUAAAUGUUUAACCUAUUGUCUUUCUAAGCCAGUAAAGAGAAAAAGGGUAAAUUGACCUUAAAAUAUAACUUUAUGCAAGCAGGCAGGAAGUGAAAGGCUCUUAGUCUCACAAAAAGAGCAAAAUGUAAUUGUUCAAGUGCUAGUCUGGUUCCUUCGUGCACCACCCCCCAAGUCAGAGUGACCUGUUCCUGCAUCUAUGCUCCCCCCACCCUUAAGAGGGCCUUUGUCUUAGACCCUUAUAAAAGGCUUUCUGUACUCUUUGCAUCGCUCCGUCAUCUUCCCUGCAAACGCAAUGCUGCCCGGCCUGAGAGAGCCGCCAUGAUCUCUCCAUGACUUCUCACGCUGUAAAUAAGCCCUGAAUAAAAGUUCAUGUGUCAGAAAA